AUGAAGCAUCAAAGGGCCAAGGCACUCUUACUUGCCUUGAUUGCACUCGUCGAUCCCUCUAGCGCAAUCCCAUACACUCCGUCUUCUGUCUUCCUGUCCCCGCAACACAAUGACUCUCUCGCAUAUAUCCUUCGACCCAGCUCCACCGGCGAGACCGAGUUCGUCUCCCUCAACUUGUCCAGCAGCAUCGAUGCCGAGAACUUAUCAUAUGAAACGCUGCUAAAGAACACACCGUUCUACAGUUCUGAUCAAGAUUCGAGCUUCGUCUCCGCAAUCAAUGAUCAAGGACUCAUCACAGUCUACUCGGGCAACUGCCACAACGCAUCCGAUAAUCCAGUACUAUGGCAGUUCCACCCAAACAGCAAAAGCUCAGUCGGCAAUGGGACUUGGGAUAGACUGCCAGUUAUCACCAGCGACGCAAAAACCGCAUCGAAUUAUCUGGCAGCGGGGUUCACAUACUCGUCAUCCCGCCACGAAAAUGAGAGCUCCAUGUACGCUUUUGGUGGGAUGUGUCCCUUCGCGAACAGCACAGACGAAACAUGGGUCUCGGCAGCAAAUUACUCCCGAUCAACGGUCGUAUUAGGACCGAGUCCCUAUUACAACACCAAAUACACCGCUGCCACUACUGGGAAGCGUGCGCCGCCCAUCGCUGAAGCUGGAAUGGCCGUCGUCCCGCUUCAGCCUACAUAUUCUGCCGGUUCUACGGGGAAACAACAGGACUUUUUGUUUAUUGGUGGUCAUACUAGGCAGGCGUUCCUUAACAUGUCGCAGCUUGCUAUUUUCUCGCUACCGCAGCAAAGCUGGAGCUUUGUUUCUGCAAUCUCGGAUUCGACACCACAGACUGAGCUGACUAUACGGGAUACGGCUUCUGUUGAGCCUCGCUCUGGUCACACUGCAAUUCUCUCGGAAGAUGGAAACAAAGUAUUUGUAUUUGGAGGUUGGGUGGGUGAUAUGACUGUUCCCGCUGAGCCGCAGUUUGCAGUUCUGGAUCUUGCAGAAGGAUUUGGUGGAGCCGCCGAAUGGAUUUGGACAGCGCCUUCUUUCGAAGGACUAGGGAUCGCCAAAGGUGCUGGCAUCUUUGGACACGGAGCAGCAAUGCUCCCUGGGGGUGUGAUGAUGAUCUCUGGGGGGUACAAUAUCCCGAAACCAUCCUCGAAACGGGCUUCUGCGAAUGUACAGCCCAACUCGCGGGUCUAUCUCUACAAUGUGACUUCGAGUAGUUGGGUCACUUCUUACAGCAAUCCUGCUGCCAAUUCGCCGAAUGCUACUUCUAAGAGUUCCAGCAAGCUUUCAUCAUCCCAAAAGGCCGGCUUAGGUGUUGGACUGGGCAUUGGAUGCCCUGCUGCUAUGGCCAUCGUUCUUUGCGGAUGGAACUACCACCGAAAGCGCCGCGUAAAGGGCAAACGAGACUCGCAGCUACGGGACCUUGCUUUGGGGGCAGAACGAGCUCACUUUUGGGGUCGAGAUUGUCCGACCCAAGCAAGCAGCAUUCGGAGUUCUGGAAUGAGCGAAAGAAGAGAUGGCCCCAUAUAUCCUUGGUCGGCAAGUCGCAGCCAGACGACACGACCCGACUGGAAAGACCAGGGCGAAGGCACGGCGGAGAGAACUGGGCUGUUGAUGGACCCUACUAGUCCACCUAAAAAUAACCGGACGCCCGUGGUACCUCCAGCGAACAAUAGGCCGUUCUCAUAUCGAAACAGUGAAUACCGACGUAGUGAUGCUACUGGUGACAUACAUCCUAUUGAUGAACGCGAGGAAGACGAAGCGAUGUUCCGAGAAAAUGUCAUGGCUACCAUCCCACCUGGAACAAGACCCACGGCCAAGACGGUGGAGCCCGAAGACCCCUUCUCGGAUACCCCCUACGCGACUCCUCGGAGCACUAUCUUCGGCGUUGGGCUAGGUCCUUUCUACACUCGACGAAAGGAUAUUGGAUCUGUGGAUGCUGAAUCCCCGACAAAAAGCGACCAAACAGCCACCAAUCUGUCAGGUAACUCGGCCUUUUCUUUUACGACCUCCCAGCCUACGGGCAAGGUCAACCAAGCACGAGCCAUCCUCGUCGAUCGACCUACGAGCUGGGGUAGUGGGCGCCAGUCACUGGAGUAUUUCGCCGCUGGCUCAACACACAGCGAUCCAGACGGCGUACCCCCCUCAGAGAACUCAGUAUCAGCGGAUUCCUACUCUACAGCCCAAACAAACCUGUCCCACCGCCAGUCAGAAAACGAGUCCCUCCUCUUCGACGCCCUCGAUUCCACCACAGCCCCUUCUUCCCCCUCAAAGCUGUCCCGAGAAUCCAAACCAAAAGCCUCCGACUGGGUAAUGAACACCAUGCGCCGAGCCCUAACAAUGACCCGCCGCAGCCCAGACAGCCAUCUAUACUCCAGUGCUAGUACUGCCAGCACCGCGCACCGCGCCUCCGGCAUUGAUCGCAGCAGCACCCUGGUCGAAUCCAGCCAACGAUCUACAGCAGUCCCCAGCACGCCGCGCCGAGCAGUCAGCGCUUCAGCAGAGCUAUUCCGCCGCAAGCAGGGUGCCAAGGACUGGAACGCACGUAAGCGAGUCUCAGACGAUGUAUUCAACACUGCCCGGUCUACGCGCGAUGAUCUUUUCAUCGGCGCGCCGGGAUACCUCGGUAACGAAGCUGGCUUCGGCGAUGACGAGGAAGAUGUCCAUGAUUGGGAUCUUGAGGGUGCGGCUGAGGGUCGACGAGUCCAGACGACUUUUACUGUUCCUCGAGAGAAACUCCGUGUCGUUAAUGCUACCGCUGGCGAUAUUGAUAGCAUGUCUGAGCGCUCUGUUAGUUGGGGCACUGGGAACCGGAGGGUAAGUACCUAG